CAGUCGGAAGCCCCAGGGUUACCCCCCAGCGCGAAACCCUCAGGUUACCUGCGGCAGUCUUAGAGGUAUCUUUUUGCCACCCUAAUUUUUGGGAUGCACUGGACGUUAGGUUCCGAGCUGCGCGCCGAUGUAGCUCCCGCAAUGGGGAGCAGCCAGGCUCCCAAGAGUCAUUGGAUGCUGGACAUGAUGUUGCGCCCACUGACGCCGAAUCCGAUAGUGACAUCUGGCAUCGCGGGAAAGAUGCAGAUGAUGUCCACGUGUCAGUCUGCUCCGGGAAUCGCGGAUCUGGAGGCGAAGAUGCGUGGGGAGUGGGGCUACUGUUUGCCAUCUGCUAGGCCGGUGGUCACCCUGGCAGACCUUUACCCGCCUCCUUGCUAUCAGUCUCACUCUCAGGCUCAUGCAGGAGUGAGAGAAUGUGCUUCCGAAGGCGAGAUUGGUCCUCUGAAAGGCUAUCAGGCGCAGACGGGAGAGAAAGAAAAAGGAGCAGGCGGGAGUGAAAGGGAAUCGAGCAGAGGGGGAGAUCGGGCGUGGGGUUCAAGGGAAGAGGCCGGACGGCUCGUUGCUGCCUGUGCUGGCAGUGCGGAGGACAGGGCAUUGUCAGGAGGAGAGAGAGGGUGCAUGACGGUCGGUACUUGCUGCAGCAAAGUAUUCCAUCCGCACUGCCAUACCGUACUUACUCUCCCUCAGAUUUGCCGCUUUGCCCUUGCUGGAUCCCCAUGCAUUCCAUUCACCUCCCUCAUGCCCCUUCCUCUCUCCACGCUCCCCUCCCCCCAUUCACCGAUUCCCCUCCCCCCUUCCCCUCGCCAGCAUCCGCACGCCCUGGCGGACGUGGCGGUGUGUGCUCUCAGAGGCCAGCCCGCCGCCCUCUACGUCCUUGAGAAGCGCAUCGCUGCACUCGCUGCACCUGCUGCACCUGCUGCGCCUGCCAUCCCCGCGCCCAGCCCUCAGGAUUUCUUGUUUCAUAAGAAACCUCAAGAGAGGAGACCAGCUUCAGGUGGAUUUUCUCCUGCCUACCUGGGGUCUGGACAGCAGGAGGCGCGGGUUGCAAGGGGCGUGCAGAGGCGGGGGAUGGAGGAGCUGGUGCUGGGGGAGAUGGUGGCGGAUGGGCACGUGUAUCGGAGACUGCACUGCCUGGCAGCCUCGCUGCAGGCUCCACCUGCUGCUGCCGAUGCAGCAGCGGCAGCAGCAGCCUGGGGCAUGCCACGUGUGCCUGCUGACCUGGAAGGCCAGCUGUCCAGCGUUCCGUGCCCCCUGGCUGAAUGCAGAAUGGUGCAGCAAGCUGUGGAUUCUGGAAGUGCCGGUGGCAGCCGUUAUGGUGGCGGUGGUGUGGGGAGGGAUGGAGAUUGGAGGGAGAGAGAGGAGGGGAGUGGGUACGGCAGUGAUGGGGAGGGCUCGGACUGGGAUUCAGAGAGUGAAGAGCUGUGGGGACCUGGGUGGACAGGGGGGGAGAGCGAUGAUGAGAGUGAGGGGGAAGAGGAGAGUGCGUGGGGCAAAGACAGACAGCAUCAUGGUCGUGGUAGUCUGAGGGGCACGGCAGCAGGAGCAGCAGUAGCCAGGGCACGACUUGGAGAGCAGAGGUCAGAGGGGAGCGCCGUGAGGGCAGGAGGGGCAGGUGCAGGAGGGGCAGGUGCAGGAGGGGCAGGCGCAGGAGGGGCAGGCGCAGGAGGGGCAGGUGCAGUGGAUCCAAGUGAUGCACGUGCAGCAGGGGCUGGAGGCGCAGGAGGGGCAUUCGGUUCGGUUUUAGCAGAGGAUGGCGCGGUGCUGAGGGGUUUUGGCCGGGCGCUGUCACUCAUCCUCGCACAGUACGAGGCCGGGAUCACCCACGUCGCCAAGGCAUGCGUGGCUGCUAUUUCUGCCUCCCCAGGAGCAUCAGCAUCCGCCCAACGCCUUGCACGCUCACAAGUAGCUGCUCCAGGCAGGGCAGCAGCAGCAGCAGCAGCAGUAGACGGGAUUGCAGCAGGGGCUGCGCCACGUGCUUCAGACGCUCUUCCUCUUCUGGCAAUAUGGACCAGUCCGCUGAGAGAGCAGCUGCGACGGCUGGUGCUGCAGCUGGGGAUGGAAGCUACGGAGGGGGAGAGUGGGGCAGGGGAUGAAAGUGGGAAGGCGCGGGUGGAACAGGCGGGAGGAGGGUGGGGGAUUGGGGAUGAUGGGAGAGGUGAUGCAUGGUCGAUGAUGUACCAGUUCCCUCAGGCAGUCACGCCUCCAGUUUCAAGCACACAUGGCAUGCCCCUGACCCCAGGCACACGUGGCAUGCUGCUUACUCCAGCCGCGCAUGGCAUGCCCCUGACCCCAGGCACACGUGGCAUGCUGCUUACUCCAGCCGCGCAUGGCAUGCCCCUGACCCCAGGCACGCAUGCCAUGGACCAUGCGUAUGCGAGCAGCAGUGGCAGCAGAGGCAUGCGUGCCAGAGCACCAACCCGCAGCAGCAAAGCUGCAGCCCUGCUGUCGUCCCUCCACAACACCCUCAAGCUCACGACAGCACAUGCCGACAGCACCACCAACACCAUCAGAAUAACCAGCGCCAGCAGCAGCAGCAGCACGAGCAGGCAGAGGCAAAGGCCGGCAGGUGGAAGCGGAGGGGAGCCAUGGGUAGAGGCGGUGCGGUGGCUGUUCUUGUCCUCAUGCCGGCCCCUCGUGUGCCACCUGCACCGCACCAUGGCGUCCGGUGACCUCCCAGCCUUGCUUCCGCUCAAACCCCAUGCGUCUGCUGCUGCUGCUGCUGCUGCUUCUGGUGUUGCUGGCAGCCUCCAAACCCCUUUGCAGAUGGUUACCCCAUCAUGCAUGGUUACCCCAGCACGCGCGGUUACACCAUCUCGAGGGAUUACCCAUUCUCGAGGACUCACAGCAUCGCAAGUGCGCUCACCGGCCCCUGUGUGCCCGUCCCCAUACACGCCCUGUGCGGCACCGGGCACGCCUCACUUCCUCUCUGCCCUCACUGCAGGGGGUGGCGACGCCAGGAGCACAACGCACUUCCCCCAGCCGAAUAAGAUCAACUACCUGCUGCCGUCGUUCCUCCAUCCAGUGUCACACCUCGUUGUAAGAACAGCACAGCAGCAGGCCAUUCUCCUCUCCGCCCCAUCCCCCCCCGUCCGUCAGCUCGUCCGCCGCCUCUCCUCGCUCCUCUCCUCCCUCUUCCUCCCCCACUCACACCCCCUCCCCUCUUUGUCACCUAAUGGGAAAAAGUCAGGUCACGUUCUUACAGUUCUUGCAUCCGAUUGGUCCAUCGAUUUUACCCUGGCUGGGGUGGCCCGAACCAGAGAGGCCAUCCAGCACCGGCUUGCCGAAGCUGAGCUGCAGGUUCGUGAGCUUCUGGACGCCCUGGAGCCUCGGUCAGGUGCAGAAGAAGUGGUUCGGAUUGCUGACGUGGAUCAUGUGGUCCCGAGACAGAUAGGGGUGCCAGGAGGUGUGCUGCUGGCUGUGGCUGAAGUAGGAGCAGUGGAAGGAACAUCAACAGCAGAAGCAGCAGUGACAGGCACAGAGUCAUUUGCAGCAGAUGUGGCGGGCGUGGCAGCAGGUGGCUUAGCAGCAGCAGUGGCAGCAUCAACACCAUUGCGCCCCCCUCCUGGUGCUGCUUGGUUGGCAUCUUCCCAUGCAGCAAAGGCAGGACAAGCGUUGGGGAGGGAGGGUGAGGAGGCUGAUCGAGGGCAUGGGGGGAAGGAUCGAGGGAGCGAGCAGAUCUGCAGCGCCUGUGGAUGGUCGCAUGACCCCUCUUGGCAUGCACCUGGGGAUGACGUGGCAGCAGCUGAUUGGCCCUGGAAGGGCACGCACCCACCUCCUCUAUCCAGCCUGCUUGCCCCUGUGCAUGCAUUUAAGACCCUGCCAGAACACAGUGCAAGUGUCACCACUGCUGCUGCUAAACCAGCAUCAGCACCAGACAUCUCAGAUACCACCUUCCCCAGCCCCACUGCUCCCAGUCCCACCUCCCCCAGUGCCACCUUGCAGCAGGCACGGCUGGAGUGCACUGCCAUGAUGCGCCUCACAGACCCGCGCUCUGGCCCUGCCUUCCCCUGGACGUGGAUGGCUUGUAAAGAGGAUGCUUGUCAUGGGGAUGCUUCUGGCGGUGGUGUGUUGCAUGGUGUUGGUGGCAUCUCAUGGCAUGCAGUGCUGCAGCAUGCGUUGAAACAUGGGGGCGGUGUGGGUAUACAUGCACUGGGGCAUGGGAGUGAUGUGGGGAUACAUGCACUGGGGCAUGGGACAGCUGGACAGAGUGCGUGUGGGGGAAGGGUGGAAGGCUCAGAUGGAGAACCACAGCAGGAGCAUGAUGGGCUGAAGGAGAAGACGCAGGCAGGGGAAAAGGGAGAAGAGAAGGGAGGAGAGACGGGAGCCAAGAAGGGAGGACAGAAGGGAGCAGCGGCAGGCAAUGGGAGGCGAGAAGAGAAGGGCGUCGAGUGGCAUGGUGGGAAUCAGGGAGGGAAGCAGGGUGGGCAUGGGGGAGCAGCAGCAGCAGCACGGGGAGACGGCAGUGUGACGGAUGAGGAGAGGAGGCUCAUGGGCUUGUCUGGGACAGAAAGAGAUGGGAGCUUCAAUGAUGUGGUCGAUGCUCACAUGCUGCUGCCCAUACGGGCGAGCCACACUGUAGUGAGUCGAGCCAUGGUGCAUCUGCUGCUCAGCACGGGUCGCUACAGGGAGCACUGUGCAGCGCUGAGGCGCCUCUUCCUCUCCCACCACUCCAACCUACCCUCUGCUCUCCUGCACGCCCUGCACUCUGUGAACUGGGCCAGCCUACGCACGCUCACAGAGCAGCAGCACGCGCUCUCCUCCGCCGUUGACUCUGCCAUCUCCCGAGGCUGCCUCUCCUCCCUCGCCUCCUCCGCCUCCUCCGCCACCUCCUCCUCCCCAUCCCCCCUCCAUGCCUUCAUCGCGCCCUCCUCCCUCGCCUCCUCCCGCUCCUCUUUAUCACCGUCGCCCGCUCACCCAGCAUCAGCAGUGCCGGGACUGCUGGGAGUGGGCAGUACCAGCAAGAGGCUGACGUGGAGCCCGUUGUCUGCCCACCGUCUGGAUGCGUUUGACUUUGUGCGCCUGCGGUACGACCCGGGCUGGCCUGCCAGUGCGGUGAUAACGCCUGAAGUGGUGCAGCAGUACGGGGAGACACUGACAGCGUUGAUGAGACUGCAUCUCGUGCAGCGGGCGGUGGGCAGCGUCACCAUUCACAUCAAGACCCUCCGUUCGGCCCUCGUUCAACCAGCAAAACCAGCAGCGGGAGCAGGCAGGUCAUUGCACAGGGAGCGGUAUCGCCGGCUGUGCUUCCUCAAUGUGUUCACCAUCCGCGCGUCUCACCUGGUGUCCGGCACGCUCGCCUUCAUGAGCGCUCAGCUGCAGCGAGCCGCACUGCUGGCGGACAAGAUGCUGCUACUGUGCCCGCAGCCCUCCAAGCCCGAACAAGGGCACCCGCAGGACCUGCUAUCGUUCCAGGAGGCCCAUGCGCAAUUCCUGCUCUACUGCAGAACCAGGUGCCUGCUGGACCCGGUGAAUGCGCCCAUCAGGGAGCGGCUGGACAGCCUGCUGCAGCUCGUCCUGGACGUGCACCGCAGUGUCGACUCUGCUCCCCUGGCCGCGCCGCUCGCUGAGUUCUUCCUGGAUGACGAUGCUCCCAUCUGGGAAGAGGUGGAGGAGCAUGCGGGAGAGUUCAACGAGGCUUUGGAUGACCUGCUGACUUUCCUCACUCGCAAGCAGGAGGUUUCUCGCCCUGCUAGCCGCCUCAUGCAGUACCUCAGUUUCCCCAAACCCAAAUGAAUUAACGUGUUGUGGCUGCAGAGCAGGCCCUCAGAUUUCAGGCCAUUUACCCUGAUUCAGGGUUUUUUCAGAGUGUUUGCUUGUACCGGCCCUGAGUUGCUAGGAUUUUUCUGCCACCCAAUCCUGAAAUUUCAGUUUUUUCAUAAGGAUGAACUCUGACUGUAUAGAUGUGUUAUUGCUAUAGACCAGGCCCCAAGAUUCGUUUUUAGACAUGUUGAUUUAUCAUC